AUGAACGACGACGGCGAUUUGAAGAUGUCGCCUGAACAACACGACUCUGCUGACGGAAGCCGUAGACCCGUGUGCAACUCAGAGCCCAAAGAAGAAGAUGAUGGGCGUGUACCAGUGCAGAUCACGAGCCACGGCGCAUCCAACUCUGAUGCCACCCUGCUGCUACCACGGGCAAUCCUCGAUGGUUUCAGUGCAUCCAAAAAGGAAGCAUUGCCCAGAAUGCUCAAGCAGUAA